AUGGCAUCUCAGGAUGAGUUAUUGUGUGCUGUGUGUCUAGAUGUCCUGAAGGAUCCAGUGACCACUUCCUGUGGACACAAUUACUGUAAGAGCUGUAUUACAGACUGCUGGGAUCAGGAGGAUCAGAGGAGAGUCUACAGCUGCCCUCAGUGCAGACAGACCUUCAGUCCAAGACCUGCUUUAGCUACAAACACCAUGCUGGCUGAAGUGGUGGAGAAACCGAAGAAGAGGAAACACUCUGCUGACUGUUAUGCUGGAGCUGGAGAUGUGCAGUGUGACGUCUGUACUGGAAGAAAAUACAAAGCCGUCAAGUCCUGUCUGGUGUGUCUGAACUCUUACUGUCAGAAUCACCUCGAACAACAUGAGAGUUUGUUUAAAGGAAAGAGACACAAUCUGACUGAUGCCACUGGACGACUGCAGGAGAUGAUCUGCCAGAAACAUGAGAAGAUCCUUGAGGUUUUCUGUCGCACUGACCAGAAAUGUAUAUGUGUGCUGUGUAUGGAUGAACAUAAAAACCACGACACUGUAUCAACUGAAGCACAGAGGACAGAGAAGCAGAAGCAGCUGAAGGAGACACAGAAGACGUUCCAGCAGAGGAUCCAGCAGAGAGAGAAAGAUCUUCAGCAGCUGAGAGAGGCUGUGGUGUCUCAUAAGCAAUCUGCAGGGGCCUCAUCCAGGACAGUGACGAUUCUGUUUACAGACAGGAAGUUAAAGAGCUGGCUGUCUGGUGCAGUUAUAACAACCUGCUCCAUUGAGAGAAGCCGCUCUGAGCUGAUACGGCUGAUCAGAGAUCAGGAAAAGACUGCAGUGAGUCGAGCUGAAGGACGACUGGAGCGACUGGAGAAGGAGAUCAAUGAUCUGAGGAGGAGAGACGCUGAACUGGAGCAGCUUUCACACACACAGGAUAAUAUCCAGUUCCUGCAGAGUUUCCAGUCUCUCUCAGCACCUCCUGAAUCUACAGACGUAAAUGAUGAUCUCUUCAGUUCUCUCUUCUCUUCUGAUGCUCUGAGAGAAUCUGUCCAUCAGCUGAGAGACAAACUGGAGGAUUUCUGCAAAGAGGAGCUCAAGAAGAUCUCAGACAGAGUCACAUUCACCAACAUUGUUCCCGGGACCAUGAACAACUUCCUACAAUAUUCCCAUCAGCUCACUUUGGAUCUCAACACAGUGAAUAAAAGCCUCCUUCUGUCUGAGAGCAACAGAGUUAUUACUUACACUGGCACAGAUCAGUCGUAUCCUGAUCAUCCAGACAGAUUUGAUGUGUAUCGUCAGGUGUUGUGUAGAGAGAGUGUGUGUGGACGCUGCUACUGGGAGGUGCAGUGGAGUGGAAAUAUUGGUGUGUUUAUAUCAGUGUCAUAUAAGAGCAUCAGCAGGAAGGGAGGUGAUGAGUGUUUGUUUGGACGUAAUGAUCAGUCCUGGAGUUUCUUCUGCACUCCCUCUAGAUAUUCAUUCAUACACAAUAACAUAGAGACUCGUCUCCCUGUGAAGCACAUCAGCAGUAGAAUAGGAGUGUUUGUGGAUCACAGUGCAGGAACUCUGUCCUUCUACAGCGUCUCUGACACAAUGAGCCUCAUCUACACAUUUCAGACCACAUUCACUCAGCCGCUCUAUCCUGGGUUUAAUAUUCAUAAAGGAUCAUCAGUGAAACUGUGUUGA